GGGCAGCUCACAGCUACUCGGUCUCCUAGCGACCCGAGUGGCCGGGAACACACACCACCCAAGGCGAGGCUGGCAGCCAGGCCCACCAUGGCUGACCACAGGCGGCUGCUCCGGCCAGCGGCACUGGACCGGGCACCGGGAGGCAUGAACCGCAGGCCCCGGUACAAAGAGACUCUGCCUUCUGAGUGUUUCAUAAAGCACAAGCACAGGCUGACGCUCCCCACCACCCUGAACAGCCGGCGGUGGAUAUUUGUGAGAAAGGGACUGGAUGACUUCAGGAAAGGCUGCCUGCCUUGCGAAGGUCUGAUCACUCAGGGCCCUCAGGAGGGCUUGCUCCCCAAGAUUUAUCACAGAGCUCCCCGACCUGCCCCCAAGAAGAGGCGGAACAAGCUGCCCAAGGAAGCCGCCCUGUUGUCCAAGCUCUCGCCAGCCCAGGGGGCACGGAAGGCCUUCCUGGCGGACGUUGAAGCCCAGCUGACCCCCCACCCCUUGGCUCUCUACCCGAAUCUGGGAGAAGAUCUGCCUGUAGAGCUCUUAUUAAAGGUGCUGGAAGUGCUGGAUCCUGACAGGAAGUUGGAGGACGCCUGGGCUUAUUGUCAGGGCAUCAGGAAAAGAGUGAAGGAACCCACAAAACUUUUAAAAAAACGCUCCACCCAAGUCUAUGUGGGACCUCCCAGGAAGAUGCCUGUGUCAUAUGCAGGCCAAUGGCAUUAUGAAGAAAAGAAGCCAAAUGAAGCAGAUUUGCUCCAUGAAGAUGGUCCUGUUCUUCAUGAAAAUGUACGCAGAGGAGUUAGUGACUUCUGCAACUGGGCUACGACUUUUGGAAGUUUGAACAUUGAUGAAGAGUUUGUCCUGAGACAGUUUGACGUUGACUAUCAGAGCAAACCCAGCUACGACGAGCUCCACGCGAUGAGACUCAGCCGGGUUCCCCUGGAGCUAAAGAAGAGUGUGGGGCUAGACAAACUGCAGGAGGCACACAUUUUCCAGAAACUAGGCUAUGAGCAGAAACUCCAGAAACCUCAGAAUCCCUAUAAACCAAAAAGGGUGAAGAUGAGGUAUGGAGCAUGGUAUCUGAACACCAAGUUGUGGAAAAAGCAAAGAGCAGAUGAACCUUUGGUUGACCCCAAGGUCUCACAUAAAGGUCAAGAUGAGAAUUUUAAAAAGGAGCUGCAGGAACAGGAGGAGUUACUUGCAGACCUUCCUGGAACAGUUGCCUUUAAGGAUUUCAUUCUAAGCAGGGGCUACAAGAUGCCGAGUUUCCUUGAGAAGAUAUAUAUCAAGAAGAAAUGUAAAUUUGGAUCAUUUUCUCUGGGAGAGACUAGCUGCCAUGUUGUGAGGACACUCAAGCUGCCUGUGGAAAGGUCCACGUGGUAUGGAACUGAAGUCUUCUGCAAACAGCCCUGAGAAUAAGUCA